UAUCCUAGCGAUAUGUCGAAGUUGCGGAUUUCAAACGCAUUCAAGUCAAUCAUUAUCGCGAGUCGCAGGAAGUUGCAUUCCACUUUGCCGUGCGCCGCGAAGAUCGCUCGCGCAGCGAUUACACACACAAAGAUCGAGGACCCGACCGGCAAAUUGUAUUCGUGGUGUGCGAAACGGCUGUAUUCCACGAUGAGUGUAGAUCUUACUUUGUAUACGUUACCCAACAACCAACCUGUUGUUGCAUUAGAAUGUGAAACUGCAUUCAAUUCUUUGACACAGAGGGAAAAAUUAUAUGCUCAUUAUCUGAGCCAAGCUGCAUGGAAUGGAGGUUUAAUAGUAUUAAUCCAGACAUCACCUGAAUCUCCACUGAUAUUUGCACUGUUGCAUAAAAUUUAUCUUGCGGAAUCUAUCGAUGAAUUGAAGGCUGCUGCAAUAAGCGUUGGCAUUACUGAUGAGGAAUUUACGGCUUUUCUAGUUUAUAGCUGUGGGAUAUAUGCAAAUGUAGGAAAUUACAAGGCCCUGGGUGAUACUAAAAUCAUCCCUAAUUUUCCAAAAACGGCGUUUGAAACAAUAGUGAAAGCUUCAAAGGCUUACAAGAACAAUCCUGAAGAGAUACAAGAUAUAUGGAAUAAUAUAUCAACUGCUUUAUAUUCCUUAGAUGGCAAAGUGAAAUCAUUAGGAUUAGGUGAUAAAGGUAUUACAACUUAUUUCUCCAUAAACUGCACUAAAGAAGAUGCGGAUAGAGUCAACGCGUUUAUGCAACAUAAAGGAUUGGAAUCCUAUAACGCAAGAUGCUUUAAAACAGUAGUACAUGAUCCUGUGACUAAUGGUAAUAUCGAUGUGUAUGAAAUUAAAUUGGCAUCUGUGGAGACGUCAGAUGAUCCUAAAAUAACACUGCCCGAAGAAACAUAUGAGAAUGCUAAAUUUAAAAUUACAAGAGGAGAUUAUAGUAAACUCAUGGUACCUGUUGUGGAAAAUCUCAGGAGAGCUAAAGAAUAUGCAUCUAACCAGGUCGAGAAAGAUAUGUUGGAUAAGUACAUCGAUCAUUUCAGAACGGGCUCUUUGGAUGAUCAUAAGGAUGGUUCUCGUCUUUGGAUUCAAGAUAAGGGACCGUCUAUCGAGACUUAUAUUGGCUUCAUCGAGACGUACAGGGACCCGGCUGGUCAACGAGGGGAAUUUGAAGGCUUUGUGGCAAUGGUGAACAGAGAGAUGUCUGAGAAAUUCACUACGCUGGUCAAUAGAGCGGAGGAAUUUAUUCCAAAGUUACCAUGGAACAAAGACUUCGAGAAGGAUACGUUCUUGAGACCAGACUUCACAUCUUUGGAUGUUCUUAUGUUCGCGGGCUCCAUUAUUCCGUCGGGUAUAAAUAUUCCGAAUUACGACGAGAUUAGGCAAAACGAAGGCUUUAAAAAUGUAUCAUUAGGGAAUGUUAUACCGGCGCACAUGAAGGAUACUCGCGCGAUUCCCUUCUUAUCCAAUGCCGAUCAGGAAUUGCUGCAGAAAUAUAGGAUAGCUAGCUUCGAAGUGCAAGUUGGUCUACAUGAGCUUCUCGGCCACGGUACCGGUAAAUUAUUCAGACAGACGGGACCGGACACUUACAACUUCGAUCGCGAGAACGUAAGGAAUCCGCUUACCGGCGAUAAAAUAGAUAAAUUCUUUUUGAAAGGAGAAACUUAUGAUUCUAAAUUCGGUUCCCUGGGCUCCACGUACGAGGAAUGCAGGGCAGAAGCAGUCGGUAUUUACUUGAGCUUGGACAAAGAAGUGAUGAGCAUAUUCGGUCAUGAGGGUCAGGUAGCGGAGGAUAUAAUCUAUGUGAAUUGGUUGUCUCUAUUAUGGAGUGGUUGCGCAAAGGCCUUUGAGAUGUAUCAACCAGACACACAAACAUGGUCUCAAGCUCAUUCUCAAGCGCGUUACGUUUUGCUUAGAGUGUGCCUGGAAGCGGGCCAGGACUUUGUCAAUGUCGUCGAAACUGAGGAAGGAAAGAACCUUCUUUUGACCGUUGAUCGAAGCAAAAUUUUCACAGUUGGCAAGAAAGCCAUCGGAGAUUUUCUCCUGAAACUGCAAGUUUACAAGAGUAUGGGAGACGUUGAGUCGGCUAAAGAAAUGUACAACAGGUACAGCGAGGUACCUGAAAGCGGUCCAUAUCCAUGGGCUCGCUGGAGAGAUAUAAUCCUGUCUCGUAAGGAACCAAGGAAGAUAUUCGUUCAAUCAAAUACAUUUAUUAAUGGCUCUGAUUCUAAUAAUGUGACACUGAAGAAUUACGAAUCGUCGUUCGCGGGACUUAUUCAAUCGUGGAUAGAGAGAUUCCCAAGUUCCAAUAUAUCUCAAACGCUGAUAGAGCUUUGGAAUAAAGAUAAACAACAUUUCGUGCCGGCGAAUAAUUAAUCGGAGCACUUGGAGCACUUACUGUCUAAUGGCUGAAAUCUAGCUAUUCGCGAAUCUAAAACGAUCGUUAUGGAAUUUAUUACUUUUCUAUACUUUUUUGAAUACGAGAGUAACGAAGAUCGUCUAGAUUCAAGAUUGAAUGUACAUAUGAUACAUAAUUUUUCAUUUUUUGAAACUGUAUUCGCCAGUGGCUGUAGAUUGUAAUAUAUCGCGAUCUUUAUAUUCCGAUCUAGCAUUUGUCGCUAAAUUAUUCGUCUAAAUUAUUCUUCAUUCGGACAGCUAAUUUAACGCCAAGUGUGUGAGUUACGAAUAUGAGAAGAUGCAUUUGAAGUUAGAAAUAUCCCAAAGUUAUGGGUUUGUGUAUGGAAUACAAGAGCAACUGUAUGUUAUAUAAGAGCAUGUUAUUCUAUAAAGGCAAUUUACAUUUGUAAACUAAUUGCAUUUUUUAUUACUUUUUUUAUAAUAUACAAGAAUUCUUUUUUAUAAUAUACAAGAAUUUUAUAAUAUACAAGAAUGUAUUAUAUUCUGCAAUCAAUACACGACGUUGUCAAAUUAAUCUAAUCAAAUUGAUCUAGAGUAAAUUCCCGAAAUUAUUCAAGAAAGUUCUAUUAACAUUUUUUCAUAUAUAUAAAAUCUAUUUGCUUUGUAUUCUUUCACUCUUUAUAUGUAGCAUCGUACUUUUGUACUUGAGAACGAAUCCAGAAUCUAAUCGAAGAACUGUGAAUUGUGAAAAGUAAAAAUUCGAUCGCAAAAA